UUCUUUUUCUGUGCAAAGAGACCCUAUCCUUGGAUCAUGUUCCUAUGCUGCUGUGGUCAACAGAUAGCUCUCUCCAUGGCUUGGCAAAGACUUUACAUGAAGGACAUAUUAUUUCAAGGGACAAGUUAUAUGUGUUACUGAAAGAUAGAGUCCUCGGUCCAGAGCCCACAAACAUUGUCUUGUUUCUUCAAGAUGCACUUAGUGUGGAAUACUUCACACAAUACACCGACUUCUCCGGAAAUGAGUCACUAUUUCACAAUGUUCAGGAGCUUCUUGAGACUUCAUCAUCUUCAUUGGUUUUGCCAGCAGUUGAUUGUCAUGCUGUCAGUCAUUUUUCAGACCACCUCCGGAAGACUCUGAACUGGAACUUGGUAAAUGUAGACAGCCCUGACAUAUCAAAACUAAGAGUGAAUAUCUCUAAGCCCAACUUAUUUGAGAUAAACCUACCACCUAUCAGAAGAAAAGAUGAACGUCCCACUCAAAACAAGCUCAUGGAAAACGAUGAAAUAAUUGGAAGGUUUAUCAGAUCUUUGCAGCAACAAGGAAUUCCAUUUUUAGCCAUUUAUACAGCAAAGCAACCAUCACAGGUCAGCAGGAAACAUGAUAUAAUGUGGCAUAGUAAGCGACAAUUAAUGUCUGUUGAAAGUGAAGCAAUUGACUUAUAUCCCCCCCUGAAUGUUACCAAUGGGACCAACACCACGUGCAUCCUUUUUUAUGCAACUAAUUUCACUCUUACAGUCAACACCACCAUUCACAUGAAUCUAACGAAUUCGACAUUUCUGUUUCAUGCUGUGGACACUACUUCAUCUGUUUGUUCAGACACCAAUGCAACGUUGUCAUUAAAAUACACCAACCUGGAGAAUGAAAAGAUUGGAAUCAAGAUCCUGGAAAUAAGAUUCUUGAUGACCAACAUCUUCUAUACUAGCUCUUCAAAGAAUUGGUUCACUUUAGAUUUUGUUCAUAUUCUGCAAGAUGACAGGGAUGCGGAAGAUGAAAUUGCUAAAUUUAAUGUCUCUACUAUUUAUGGUCCUGCGGAGUACUCAUUUCAUUGCCCCUUGAUGGGCACGGACAGCCACUACGGUGUAACACUAAUUCCAGCCAAUGAGAAAGCUAAAAAAUGGAAAGUUGAUAUUUCUGAUUUCCAAAUCCAAGCUUUCAAUAUUGAAAACAACAUGUUUUCCUACGCGAGCGACUGCACAUCAUUUUUUACACCUGGAAUUUGGAUGGGUCUGGUCACCUCCCUAAUUUUAUUAUUGAUCCUUACUUAUGGAAUCCACAUGAUUAUGAAUCUUACCACCAACAGUAGAUUUGAUGACCCAAAAGGUCCAGCUCUUUCAGUCCCUCAAACAGAGUAACUAUGAAAUUGUAGUUUGGAGGAUUGCAGCUUCUCUGUCAUUGGCUGGGCUACCUAAGGCUGAUGAAUUAAGCUGAGUUCAAUAAGGGUAUCAGAUACUAUACUUGCUAUGGGAGGAAUC